AUGCUCUUUACCAACGUUGCCUCCACCGCUGUCGCCGCUUGCGCGCUCCUCGUCCCCUCCGUCCUGGUGGAGGUUAAGCUGCAAUGGCACCCUACUGGAGACUGCAGUACCAACGGAGGGCCGCAGGGAACCUAUGGCCCUGGCACAUGCAUCAGCCUCAGGUCGACCAGCAAGACGGUUAAAAUUCUUUCUCACAAGGGUUUCUGUAACCUGGUUACUUACACUGCCAAUGGCUGCUGGACCUCGAGCGGCAGGAACUCUGCGAAAGUUGAGUGUUGA